AUGAAGGUUUCAAAGCACAGGAUUGUUGCAGGCGAAGCCGGCAGCGUUGAGAUGAAACCGGUUGAUUCAGACGAUCUAUGGUACGUUUACAAUUUGAUUUCUCCAGGAGACACGGUUAGGGCUACUACUGUGAGGAAAGUGAUAAGAGAAUCAACUGGAAGAGACUCUACUGCAGAGCGUGUUAAGCUCAAGCUGGAAAUCAAAGUUGAGGAGGUUGCUGAUUAUGACAAGGUCGGAUCUGUUCUUCGGAUUCGAGGAAAGAAUAUCAGUCCCAAUGAACAUGUAAGGUUAGGAGCAUAUCAUACUUUGGAGCUUGAACUUGAACGACCUUUUGUGUUGACAAAGGAUGUUUGGGACUCAAUGGCCUUGGAGGAGCUCAAACAAGCCUCCGACCCCGGUGGUAGUGCUGAUCUAGUUGUGGUGUUAAUGCAAGAAGGACUAGCAUAUAUUCUGAAAGUUGGUAAAAGCGUGACAGUUACUUGUGCACGAAUUGAGACUUCAAUUCCUCGCAAGCAUGGACCUUCGGUUAAGGGUUAUGAGUCGGCUUUGAGUAGGUUUUUUGAGAGGGUCUUGAAGGCUUUCUUGCAGCAUGUCGAUUUCAGCGUUGUCGGAUGUGCUGUGAUUGCUAGUCCAGGUUUCACCAAGGAUCAGUUUCAUAAACACUUGCUGUUGGAAGCAGAAAGAAAGCAGCUGAAACCUAUUAUCGAGAACAAGUCCAAGAUAAUUCUUGUGCAUUCUAGCUCGGGUUACAAGCAUAGUUUGAGGGAGGUUCUUGACGAUGAGAAAAUUAUGAGUUUGAUAAAAGAUACUAAAGCAGCACAAGAGGUCCGAGCUCUCCAAGAUUUCUUCAGUAUGAUGUCGAAUGUACCAGAACGCGCCUGCUAUGGACCAAAGCAUGUUGAGGUUGCACAUGAAAAGAUAGCCGUGCAAACCCUACUGAUAACAGAUGAACUCUUCAGGAAUACUGAUGUAUUAGAGAGGCAAAAAUAUGUUGAUUUGGUGAACUCAGUCAAGGAUUCAGGGGGCAUUGUUCAUAUAUUUUCUUCCUUACACGUUUCAGGAGAACAACUAGCACAAAUUACAGGCAUUGCUGCAAUCCUUCGUUUCCCUCUACCCGAAUUGGAUGAUAUAGAGAUGUAA